ACACUGGCAGCACCCACCUCUGUAGAGCUGAGCGGAGACUGCCUGCAACACGUCAGGCUGUCGGCACGUUUGUAGAGGUUAAGACCAGUCACGUUUUAUCAGAGUGGUUUACCGGCGCCGGAGUGGAGAGAGGCAAGGCAGAGGAGGGAGAUAGAGAAACAGAAAAAAAUGAGAGAGAGAGAGGGAGAGAGAGAGGACACUUUCGUCUCUGAACUGCAGUGCCUCAUCAGUUGUUGAGUCCCACAUUUCCAUGGCAACAUCAGAACAGCACUGAGAGGGAGAGAGAGAGGGAAGGAACCGGACAGGAUCCCUUUUAAAGUCAGAACGGAGAGAAGAAGAGGAGAGAAAGACAGAGGAGGAGAGAGGCAGUGAAGGAGCGCUGGCUGGGAGGUUCUGAAAAUGGGUCUAUGUACUGUGCUGCUGAUCUGCCUCUCCCAGGCUGAGUUCAUGAGAGUUUGGGCACAGGAGCAAACAGGUUUUGGGUAUGCUAUGGCUACGGAGCAGGAGGAGCUCUUGGAGCCAAGGAGGAUGAGGAGAGACCUCCGCUUCUUCACUCAUCCAGACAGGACCAGAGCCAGCCGGGAACACCUUGGUGGCGGCCUAGCCAUUGACACGCUGCCCGACAACAUGACACGCGUAGUGGAGGACUCCCAGCGGUAUUACUCAUGGCGCAGUUUCGGCCCCGGAGACCCCCACACGGCCGAGCUCUGGGUUGACAUGACCUUGCCGGAGCACAGCCAAGUGCGAGUCCAUGGCAUCCUGUCCAACACGCACCGCCAGGCAGCGCGUGUGGCCUUGUCCUUUGAUUUCCCCUUCUAUGGACACUAUCUGAGGCAGAUUACCAUAGCAACUGGAGGGUUCAUCUUCACUGGGGAGAUCACGCACCGCAUGCUGACAGCAACACAGUACAUCGCGCCUCUCAUGGCCAACUUUGACCCCAGCUACUCCAGAAAUUCCACAGUCCAGUACUGUGACAAUGGGAAGGUGUUUGUGGUCCAGUGGGAUAAAGUACGUCUCCAGGGCAGAGAGACUGAGGGAGCCUUCACCUUCCAGGCGGCACUGCACAGCACGGGGGCCAUCACCUUCAGCUACAAAGACGUGCCGAUGGCCGUGGCAGAGAUCAGCUCAGCUCAGCAUCCUGUGAAGGCUGGCCUCUCUGAUGCUUUUAUGGCAGUUCAAAGUUCCCCCCACACACCAGAGGCACGCCGCAGGACCAUUUAUGAAUAUCACCGUGUGGAAGUGGACCCAUCAAAAAUCACCAACAGCUCUGCCUUUGUGUUCACCCCCCUGCCCACUUGCCUCCAGCAUGAGACCUGUGAGUCUUGCCUCUCGUCCAACUUCACCUCUGGCUGCAGCUGGUGCAACAUCAUCCAGAGGUGCUCAGAUGGGAUUGACAGGCACAGGCAGGAGUGGCUGGAUUAUGGUUGUGCAGAGGAGCCCAAGGACAUGACGUGUGAGGAUUACGCCCCACAGGGGACAGACGUCUCCCUGGGGCAGGUUAACCCCUCUGUGUCCGAGCCCACCCCCUCCCCCGGGACGCUUCUGGACAGUCCCGUCACCGAAGAUGACACCAAACAGCUCAUUCAUUACAAUGGCAAUGACCUGCAGACAGGUCCUCCUAGGCAGCAGGGGGCGCCAGUGCACACUGGGAUCAUUGCAGGUGUGGUGUCGGCGGUGGUGCUGCUUCUGGCCCUGACCCUGCUGGCUCUCUACAUCAACACACAUCCCACGGCUGCCCCUGCUUUCUAUCUCAUACAGAGACGCUCCAACCAUUGGCCAGCCAUGAAGUUUCGGAACCAGGGCUGUCACUCGAGCUACACCGAGGUGGAGGUCGGAGGUCAUGAGAAAGAGGGCUUCAUAGAGGCCGAGCAGUGCUGAGGAGGAGGAGGAGGGGUGUGUGUGGCAUGAGGAGUGCUCUACAAGUAACGGACAACAAAGUGGACCAAUGCAGGGAAGAUCCGGGACUGAAGUGUGGGCCUGUUCCAAUCCUAGUUAGCAUCCUGCUCUCUGUCAGCAGUGGGCCUGACUCAGGGCUCCCCUGUUUCUCUCUGCACUGGUCCGCUCAGGCACUCCCAGCUCUCGUCUGGGGGCUGCUGUAAGUAAAACACCAAUGACCACAAGCAAGAAAAUGCAUUACAAUCGGGCACAUGGGCAAACAUUGAACAGACACUAUAAAUCAGCCCUCUGUUCCCCUCUAGAGACUCACACCAUGGGCAGCAGUGAGGAGCAGUGGUUAUGGCUCUGGACAUAUAACUGGAACGGUGUGAGUUUGAAUCCCAGGUGGAGUUACAGCUGCUGAAUCCUUGAUCAAGGUACAUGGAUUGCUUUGGUAAGCUGAGCUGUACGAACUUGGAUUACUUCAGAUGAAAGUGUCAGCCAAAUUAUUUAGUGAUAAAAAAGGGAAUGCACGUUAUUCAUCAUAACUGCAAUUGAUGUACAGUUUGUCUUCAUAAAACUGAGUUUUUUUUUAGGUGAAAUCUGCAUUUUGAAGUGUCUUGUUGAUCACUGUCUUAACCUGCAAUCUCACAUCUUAUUAUGACAUUACUCUUAUCACUGACAUCCUUUGAAAUCUUUUAUGGAAACUUUGCUCAAAACAGUACUGGUUCUGUUGAAAGUAAUAAAUAGUACGUCGAGUUUUUAUAAGACCUUAAUAAGUUGAAAACCCUGGUUAUCGUACCAGCAUUAAAAAAAAAUAUUGUAGAUAUUCAGAGUGCUUGCCAAAUCCUGUCAAAGUGUAUGAUAAAUCAUGACAUUUAUAACUUGAAGCUCUACAGUUAUGAACUCUAGAAAAUGAUAAACCAGAUUUUCUCUUCCAACAUAUUCUGAAAAGUUCCAUAUUGUGUUUUUAAGGAUUUCUAGGAUGGUGAAGGUUGCUUAUGGUAUCAGUAUUAUCCUAAAGAAGACAGAUCUCAAAGCAUUCAUUAUCAUGCUAUGAGUUUUUGCUUCAUUAGAAUGUGCUAAACUCGCUCCAGGUUGAAAUCAUCAGUGUGGUUUAAUUUUCAGGCAGGUCAUAGGGGAAUACUAUUAAAGGCAUAUACAGUCUAUAUAUUAUGUAUAUAUUAAUGGGGGAGUUCUGCAAAGUGUAUUAUGCACGUGAUCACAAAUGCAGUGACAACCUAGAGACUUUUGAGAUGAGAGCUGUUGAUUUUAGCUUGGUUGAACAGCAUUGCCUUCUGCUCCCCUGGGGAAUACUGAGGGAGAACCAUCAGGGUCUGAGCUACAUGUUUAUCUGACAUACCGAGCAACAAGCGCCACAUCAUUCUCAUCUCGUACUGUGACAAAGCAGCCCGCCCUCAUUCUUCUUAUUCCUGGAGAUUGAUCAGAGGGAAGAUGUUACAUGGUUGCUCCUAAAAAGCCUCUGUUUGUAGAGCAGAAUGAGCCUCAGACACUGGUGAUGGCUGGUCCAGGUCCCAGUUACACUGCUUGUAUCCAGGCACUCCCUGUAGCCUGGCAGUGCUGUCCUGGGCACUGCCAAGAUAUUCAUUUUCAAUAAUGCGCAAUAGACUCCAACUCUGCUGCUCGGCGUCAAUGUGGUUGCCCUUGCCAGGGGCAAGCUGUGCUGGCACAGGAGAGUCGGGAGUGAGGCUGGUUCUUUGCUCACCGCUUAGUGUCAUCUGUCUCCAUUUUGGUACACCAGGGCUGUCCAACCCUGCGUAUCUGAAAGGUCCUCAGAGCAGCUCCCGAAGAGCUGAGCAAAAGCUGUCAAAUUGAUCUGCUUGACCAGUUAGUUUAGUUCAUUAAGGGCUGAGCUGGCAUGAAACUCUGUGGGCACACCGGCUCCCCAGGACCGGGCUUGGACACUCCUGUGACCAGCGCUGAAAAUCGCUCAACAGUGAAAAAAGCUUAAAAGACUCGUGAGAGACUUGUGUUUCUCCUGGGUGUCUGUCGGUUCAGUCAGGAGGCACAGCGGAGCCGCGGCACGAAGGUUAAAUUAGGCUUGGCAAUUUUAUUAAUAUAUGGGUUGACAAAACAUGCUGAAUCCUAAAAAAUAUUGAAGAGCUGGGGUUAUAGGUACUCAUAACUACUGUAACUAAUUUGCUCAAUAUAAUUAAUUUGGAUCUGGAUUAGAACAGACCACAAGGAAUGUGCCGCAAUUCAGCAAAGAGCUUAUGGUACUUCCUGGUUAUCACAGUGCAAGAUCACAGGACUACUGCACCUCUUUACUCCCUCUUACAGGGAUGUACACCUGAGGGUCUUAUUGGGGGAGCCUGGUACCAUUGUUUAGUUUCACAGUGGGAUGUGAACAUUCAAACCACACACACACACAAAAAUAUAUUGUGAAUAUAUCACAUCUUUAAGGCAAUAUGAAAUAAAGAGAAAAAAUGUGAGAAAAAUAUAUAGCCAAAUUCUUUGAUGUAUUUUAUUUUUAAGCAGAGAGCUCAUUGCUGGGAAGAAUAGGUCGCAGUUUCCCCUGGAAGAGGCCCUUUCUGUGGGCACUCCAAGCUGGGACUAUCUGAGCUCUGUAAUUAAAAGUGCAAGGAUACAAAGUGACAUUCAUCCGCUAUAACAGUAUUGUAUAAAAGAGUAAAUAUGUUAAGAAAAUAAAUCAAUAAAUGAUUUCCUGAUUUAAAAAAAAAA